AUGAAAAGAUUGAUUCGAGCUUAUUUUGAGGAAGCUAGAUGGUUGAACCAAGGACACAUCCCUAGCUUCGAUGAGCAUUUGAGCGUUUCUCUAAUUUCAAGUGGUUAUCCUAUGUUGAUAGCUAACUCUUUUGUCGGAAUCAAAGAUAUUGUAUCAAAUGAAGUUUUGGAGUGGCUGUCGAAAGACCCAAAGAUUGUUAGGAAUUCCACUAUCAUUGCUAGGUUCAUGGACGACAUAGUUUCUCACAAGGUUGAGCAAGAAAGAGAUCAUGUAAUGUCUACGGUGGAAUGCUACAUGAACCAAUAUGGUGUAUCCGAACAAGCGGCAGUUGAUGAACUCAAUAGGCAAGUUGUUAAUGCAUGGAAAGAAACAAACGAAGAGUUUAUUAGGCCAACUGCUGUACCUUCUUCUAUCCUAGUUCGUGUUCUUAAUUUUUCAAGGGUAAUUGAUCUUCUCUACAAAGAUGAUGAUGGCUAUACACGUGUUGGAAAAGUAACUAAAGAUAGUGUUGCUGCGCUGUUGAUAGAUUCAGUCCCAUUAUAA